CUUCUCGGUUUCAAACCUCGUCCGUGGGAUUGGAUUUGUCAUUUGCGGGCUAAUUGGCACUCCAAGUCACUAAUCGUGCCAUUUCACUUGAUCACGGUUUUGUCGGUUCGUCUCCAUUAUCUCAAUCAUUCGUCCAUUCAUAUACUCCAUCAGCCGGGGGUAAUCUUCCUUUUCAAAAAAAAAUCGGAUUCUGCUUCUCAGCGGAGUGGUAUAUAAACAGGCAACGGUUAUCUUCCCUCGCCAUCCUCAAUUGCAACAUUGCCUUCACGACUGAUCUGAUCUGAUCUACUGCCGUAGGAUCUUUUGACAUUUUCCCUCUCCUAGUCCUACCGUGACAUUGCUCGCUCACCGAUGAGCCCUUCACACGAGCUGCAAUCAGGCAUGGCAUCCCGUUUUACUCUACUGGCGUGCAUCGGCGCGCUGUUUGCCGGCGCUGCCGCCCCUGUUCCGCCGGCAACAUUCGUCUUCGGCGACUCGCUCGUCGAUGCCGGCAACAAUAACUACAUCGCCACGCUGUCCCGGGCGAAUUAUGCCCCCAACGGCAUCGAUUUCGACGGCCACCAGGCCACCGGCCGGUACACCAACGGCCGGACCAUCGUCGACAUACUAGGGCAAGAGAUGGGGCUGGGAGGGUUUGUGCUGCCCUACAUGGACCCAAACACCACCGGCGACGUCCUGUUCAGAGGCGUCAACUACGCGUCCGGCGGCGGCGGCAUACUCAACCAGACCGGGAGCAUCUUCGGUGGGCGUAUAAACCUGGAUGCGCAGAUUGACAACUACGCCAAGAACCGGCGCGACAUGAUGACACAGCGCGGGGAGGUGGCAGCGGUGAGCCGGCUGAGGGGCGCGCUCUUCUCGGUCACCAUGGGCUCCAACGACUUCAUCAACAACUACCUCGUCCCCGUCCUGUCCGUGCCGGAGCGCGCCGUCACGCCCCCGGAGGCCUUCAUCAACGGCAUGAUCGCCAAGUACCGGCAGCAGCUCAUCAGGCUGUACCUUCUGGACGCCCGUAAGAUCGUGGUGGUGAACGUGGGGCCGAUCGGCUGCAUCCCAUACCUGAGGGACAUCAUGACGACCGGGGCCGGGGCGUGCGCCGAGUUCCCGAACCAGCUGGCCCAGUCCUUCAACCGCAAGCUGCGCGCCGUGGUGACCGAGCUGGGCGCCGGCCUCGGCGGCUCGCGCUUCGUCUACGCCGACGUCUACCGCAUCGUCUCCGACGUCAUCGCCAACUACAAGUCGCACGGGUUCGAGGUGGCGGACUCGGCGUGCUGCUACGUGGGCGGGCGGUUCGGCGGGCUGGCGCCCUGCGGGCCCACGUCGAGCUACUGCGCGGACAGGUCCAAGUACGUGUUCUGGGACGCGUACCACCCCAGCGACGCCGCCAACGCGCUCAUAGCCGCCCGCAUCCUCGACGGCGACCCGGCGGAUAUCUCCCCUGUCAACGUGCGCCAACUGCUCUUCGACGAUGCUUAGCUUGGAACCAACGGUGAAUCAAACAGGGCCUUAUUGUAUCUCAGAGGCUGUUGUUCCUUCCGUGACUUUCUGCAGAGUGUCCGCGCGCUGUUUUGGAAGUGCUUGGUCCUAUUUGUUCAGUUUGCCUAUCCCAUUCUAGCCACGCUUCAUCUGCGAGGAGUGUCUACUAAUAAAAAGAGGAAAAAAACGAAGCCGUAGUCGUUGAUGAUUGCAGUAUUGUCGAACUCGUAAUUUGUUAGAGCAA